GGCUUCUAUAUUUGGAAACAGUCGUAAUACGCGUCGCCCUAACCGGUACAGACUGGUUUGGGAGGGGAUGACAUUAUCAAGAUAGAAGCCGUUUGUCUAGGGACAAAUGAACUCCUUCCGAACAGGAAUAUAUCUAGAAAUUAGAGGAUAUCCAUAAAAUUACUGCCGGCUUUUUAUUGAGCUUCCCCACAAAUGAACAGGCUACCGGGCUAGUGAUUCUGAAUCAGCAAUAUUUAUAACUGCAGGCAUAUUUGCUAGAUUUUUCAAGCGCAUCGUAAUUUGUUGAAUUGUCGUAUAUGCUAUAAUAUAGGCUGCAACCUGUGAUGAAUCGUGCUUGAGCCAAAACAUGCCAAAUUUACGGAUCGAUUGUCAUUGCUGAAGGUCACCGAGCGCUUUUUGUGAACUCAGGUAAGCUAGCUGUGUGGGAAGGAGAGAUAAAUACAAAUGCGCGACCUAGGGGACUCUCCUUGAAGUUUGUGAGGAUGAGAAGAGAUGAGCAGAUGAGAGGAAGAGUAGAGGGAGACUGGCGGGAGAAGGCGGAACAAACCGGUGCCCGGAUACACGCUAUAACCGCUCUCCCGCACUGCAGAUUAACUCUUGACUCGCCGAGGAUGCUCAGUAUUGUUUUCCUUGUAUAGACUCUGGAUCCACUGUGACCAGGAUAAAGAAGAUGGAAUGUGAGGUGAAGUGACCAAAGGAAACCCAACACAAACUUACACGUGAUUUUAUGUCAUUCUACAUGGAUUAAGAGCAGCACUGAACAUGCAUCACGGACAGUAUAUUUGACCAAUACAAUGGUUCUACUGUGACUGUGUCCGUAUAAUAAUAUACAGCCCUCACGUAACAUAACCCUUUAGAUUGUGAUGGACAAGAGCCUAUAAGGUGGCAGUUUUGAGGUUAAACUGGUUAACUGUUCAGCCAGGUGUAUCGUGGAUUUAGCUGUGGGUGGGUUCCAGUUUCCGGAUGCAGAACCUCUUUGAGCAGAACUUAGACAUGGCCACCGCUCUGCUUGCUGGGGAAAAGCUGAAGGAGUUGAUUCUGCCGGGUUCCACGCAGGAUGAGAAGGGUGGUGCACUAGCUGGACUCAUGGUGCAGCUCAAACUGGAGCUGCCCUUUGACCGAGUUGUCACCAUAGGAACGGUCAUCAUCCCCAUCUUAUUAGUUACUCUCGUCUUUACACGGAACUUUGCAGAGGAGUCAAUAUACUGUUACACGCCACACAAUUUCACACGUGACCAGGCCCUCUAUGCUAGAGGCUACUGCUGGACAGAGCUGCGUGAUGCUAUUCCCGGCAUCGAUCCUGAGCUCAGACCCUCUCUGUUUGAGCAUAAGUUUCUGCCCUAUGCUCUGCUAGCAUUUGCUGGCAUCAUGUAUAUUCCAGCACUAGGCUGGGAGUUCCUUGCAUCCACACGCCUUACCUCUGAACUCAACUUUCUCCUACAAGAGAUUGACAACUGCUACCACCGUGCUGCUGAGGGCAGAGCACCCAAAAUUGAGAAGCAGAUCCAGUCCAAAGGGCCUGGGAUCAGUGAACGUGAGCGGCGAGAAAUCAUUGAGAAUGCUGAGAAGGAGAAAAGCCCGGAGCAGAAUCUUUUUGAAAAAUACCUAGAGCGGCGAGGGCAAAGUAAUUUUUUAGCCAAACUUUAUCUAGCCAGACAUUUAGCCAUCAUCUGUCUCAGUUCCAUUCCCAUCACUUACCUAAGCGCAUACUAUGCUCGGCAACGACAAAAUGAGUUCACAUGCAUGCUGGGUGAGCCACCUGACAUCAGCAGCAUCCCUGAGCUGCGCCUUAGUGUGAACUGCAAGCUGUCUGCUGUGCAGCUCCAGCGCAUCAUGGCUGCUGUAGACAUUGCACUGCUCUGCACCAUGAACUUCAUCAUUUUAAUUAAUCUACUGCAUCUGUUUGUGGUGCGCAAAUCUAACUUUGUAUUCGACAAGUUGCACAAAGUCGGCAUUAAGACACGGCGCCGUUGGCAGAAGUCUCAAUUUUGUGACAUUAACAUCCUGGCCAUGUUCUGUAAUGAAAACAGGGACCACAUCAAGUCUCUGAACAGGCUGGACUUCAUCACCAAUGAGAGUGACCUGAUGUAUGACAAUGUGGUGCGACAGUUAUUGGCUGCAUUAGCGCAGUCCAACCAUGAUGCCACACCGACUGUUAGAGACUCUGGAAUACAGACAGUUGACCCCAGCAUGGAUCCGUCUGUUCUGGGGGUUGGAGAAAUGGGAGUAGAGACAGUUAUCAAAAGACCACGGAAAAAGAUGAAGUGGAUCCCUUCAUCUAACCCUCUACCACAGCCAUUUAAAGAACCUCUAACUCUGACCCGGUUGGAGAACAGCAUGAAAGCAGAAAAACCUAAACCUAUGCGAAGGAAAACAGUAGCUGAUACCAUCAUUGCUCCUCUACUGGAUACCAAGAGCACACAGCAUCCUCCCAGAGAAACUAACAAUGGAACAUUGAAAAAGCACACUCGUAAUUUCUCCCUGGAUGUCCAUCCAUACAUGUCGACCAUUCAGAAGAAUAAAACCGAAAUGAAUAAUCCACAACCCCCAGCUGCUGACCAUCCUCUGGACACUACAUACAUAGAGGGCACACACACUGUAGUCCAUGUCUCUUCAACAAUUACUGAAAAGCCCGACCCUCCUCCUCAAUCCACCACCAGUGCAUUUUCCACCGUGACCCUAACCACCACCUCUUACAUGAAUGGAGGAACCUCUAGUCUGCCUCCUUCUGAAUCACCCAAAACCAAUGAGCCUCUCAAAGCAAACCCAGAACCUGUGAGUCAGUCUGCAGCAUACAGCUGUAACCCCUCACAUCCUCUGCUCAGCAUCCACCAUACUCUCUAUGAGGAGGAGGAAGAACAAGGCCACAGGGACAAGUUGGUGGAAAGACCUGGUGAGCUCAUCGCAGCCGGAGAGUGCUGAAGAUGCACACAAUAAGACAAGCAUAUAUUCACAACUCUUAUUGUUUUACCUCAGCACCAAGACAUCAAAUGGUAAAAUUGUUCUAACCACCUCACAUGGAACAGCAACCACACUGUAUCACCCACCUACUGUGCUUUAGGUGGAAAUGGCGAGGUCAGAGAUUUAUACUGUCCACCAGAAAUGAAUUGCACAAACAAAAGUGUUUAGACAAAAUCUAUAGAUUUUUAGACAAAAUCUUUCAUUACAAGUAGACAACCAGUUACUGUAAAAUGAAACAUAUCAAUCAAAAGGUCAUUUCCCUGACUAAGUACAAACACUGGUGCUCACUUGAACGGAAUGUUUCCCUCUGACAUUCCACGGUCAUAUCAAUUAACAUUAAUCAAAGAAACAUGUUGUGCUUUAGACACCUCGGUGUACGUCUUACAUCCAACAUAACUUUACAUGAUUUUGUCCUAUUGAUAUAUUGUUCUGUGGAUUUCAGCAGGUAUCCAAUGCAAUAUAGCAUAUUUAAUCCUUAAAUUAUGCAAAUGUUCACAAUCCUUGUUGCAAUAAUAUGCAUAUUUAGAAUCUCCAUACUGUAUAUACAAAACAUGUAGAUAUGUCGCAUUAUUUAAAUCAUGCCAUUCUUCAACCAGAGAUUGACUGAUGUUUGUCAUAGUGAGGUUCAUAAAUUCUGAUCUAAAAUGUGAGCAUUCUCUGUAUAAUUAAUUGAAUUUGUUUUGGGAAAUGGGUACUAUUACAUAUCAUAUGACACAGCGGCGAAUACAGCACCUUUAUGUAAUCUAAUAUAGACAUUUAUAUGUCCUAUCAUUAAAAAAAACUGGAGGAAAACUGCAGCCUCUCCAGCAGAAGCACCAGCUGAACUUUCAUUAAGAAGGCCACUAUACCUUUAUGGAUAAAUGUCGCACUGAAUCAUUCAAAAUCCACUGAUUCACCUCUUCCCCUGACACACAGCCCAUAUUCUGUAUUGAACAGUAAUACAGAACACUUAUAAGCCACUACAUUAUAAAGCACAUCUAAUUACUAAUGACACCUCACUACAGCAUUUCCACAAGGCCAGUGCAAUAUUUUAAUUGCAACUCUGGCAAGAACUCCGGAAUUACCAAAAUGCACAGAGACACUUUUAAUGUGUAGUCUUAUUACAUGUUUGAAUGUUGUCUGAAAAAUUGUAAGACUUCAUAUAAUGUUAAAAUGUUGUACUUAGAAUAGCUAAACAAAUAUAUAUGAAAAUUAAGUUGCCAGUCCCUAAUGAGCAGUCAGUAGUCCAUGGAAAUCCAUUCAUCACCCUCUUUGUGUUAAAUAUUAAUCCGACAAAGAAAUAUUGGAAUUUUUAUGAAGCACACUGCUGAGUGAGGCAUAGUCCCAGUAUUGUCAAUGAUAUAUAGUUAGGUCCAUAAAUAUUUAGACUUUAGCUAAGCUGUUGUUAUCUACAACUCUAUAUAUGAGUUCAGAUUAGUUAAUGAAUUUGCUUAAUUCACAGACAUUCAGCUUUAUUUAUGUACCCCUUUUUUCUUUAAAGGGACCAAAAGUAAUUAGGAAAAAUUAACAUAGAUCUAAAUUGACUAUUAAAAUUGUAAUUUUUAACACAGACAUCAUCACCAGAUACUGUCUGUCUUCCCUAAUAAUACUCUGCCAGGUUUUUACUGCAGCAGGUGAAAUGUUUGCUCAGUUGAAUUCAGGUCAGUUGAUUGAUUUUGCCACUGCACAUCAUUUCAUUUCUUUGCCUUUCUUCUUUUAAGUAUGUUUCAAGCCUUUUUUCAAUUAGCAUUGUGAGGCACCAUCCACUCACUCACUCAAUCAUUUUCUACCGCUUUAUCCGAACUACCUUGGGUCACGGGGAGCCUGUGCCUAUCUCAGGCGUAGGCACCAUCCAGUGAAUUUGAAAGUGUUUGGAUGAAUCUGAGCAGAUAAUAUAGCCUUAUACACUUUAAAAUUCAUCCUGCUGGUUUUGUCAGCUGUCAAAUGAUCAAUAAAUACAAUUAAAUCAGUUCCACUGGUAGAUUGGUACACACUAUUGUUCAGUAUUGUUGAGAUCAUGAGCAGUUCCUUACCUUCUAC